UAAGUAAUUUAAUAAUUAAAAUUUUAAUUUGGUUGUAUAUUGCAUUAUGUUAUAGGUUGUGUGCUAAUAUUUGAGGGUCGACAUAUUUCGGUGUUGAUCGGAUUUGCAAUAGGUAUAUCCAUCCGCUAACUUUUUGUUUUUAUAAUUAAUUAUCAAUGCAUGCUUAGUUGAGUUUGAAUAUCUUAAAUAUUCAUCCGUAGUGAAGUAGGUUCCGCGAAUACAUGUACUGCGGUCGGAUGGGUGGAUAAAUUUUGUAUUGUUUAUGUUAGUUUCUUUGUUCUGUAUUGUUAUGUUUGUUUUGUUUGUUACUUUAGGCACUCCGGACACCAGAGCAUCCUGGACGUGUCAGGGCUGCUGGGUAUGAUAUUACUUGAAAUGUUAUUUAUUUAGUUACACAAAUAAAAUUGUAGCUAAUUUGCAUUUUAUGAUUUGCAGGUUCCUGACCAGGGCAUCUAAACUGUUCGGCAGGAAGAAAAGGGAAGUGUCUGAUGUUGUGGCUCGACAAGCGAAGGAGAUUGAAAAAUUAAAAGCCGAAGUCCAAUCCCUUAAGCAGAAGAGAAACACUGCCGAACAAGAGGAAGAAGGAGAGGUGGCUGGUGAGGCGUAUGUUCCACAACUAUACGCUCGUGAGGAUGAGGGUCAACCACAAACUUAUGCUGAGGAGUUUAUUUCCCUCAACGACCAAGGUCUCCUGUACAAUUUCGAUGACCAUGCGGCCUUUAAUUAGCAAGUACAUCUCUGCUUUGACAACAUCGACAACAUUGUGGCCCGAGCGUAUUUGUACGAGUAUGUUGGUAAAAUCACUAUUCACUGCACGGACUACGAUGAUUCACAUGCCCGGAUUCUAGUUUCAGAAAUGCUACAAGAGGACGCUGAAAUCCCAAUCCCAAUUAAAGGGUGCAGAUAUGUUAGGGACGUAUCACAAAUGUUCCUUCCUUGGCCUAAACACUUAAUUCUAACAUCCGAGGGUCCACUCGCUCAACCGCCUUCAAGACGUGAUGCGUCGAAGGGGAAAGCUCCGAUGCUUUCUCCACAAGGCGGUGGUGGACGGGAAGAUGAAUUGUUCUCGGAAAAGAAGAUGGACUUGAUCCCUAAAUCGCUAAAAUGGAUGGUUGUUGAAUUCCUGAACCUCAAAGAUAAACGUGAUAUAAUCACAAUUCCUGUACCCCGAGGAUUCAUAGCACCGCGUACCCAGAUCACGUUAUCUGGAGAGGAUUUGCAGCAGGUUACUACGUGUGACUUCAUCGGCAACCAGGGAAUGCUGUUUGGAAUGAUGUAUACUCUUCUUUAAUCUAAUUAACCUUAUAUAUCAAAAUUCUAGUCAAAUUAUUAUCAGACACUAAUAUUUAACAAUUUUUUUGGCAGGCACAUCUGGGAUAGCAUCAACGGUAUGAGAAAUUUUUUCAGGUUUUACGACCCAGAGCUUCUCGUAGUGCAUGGGAAAACCGAUGAAGAGAAGAGUCAGUCUUUUGACGAUGCAGCAAGACGAUUGGCUGAUUGGUUAUCAUUGAUGAAUAACAACCACCAAAUGUUCUUUAUUCCUUGGAAUAUCGGUGCGCAUUGGACGCUAGAGGUCGUUACGCCAAAGAAAAUUAUCCAUUUAGACCCUAUACGUGGCCGCCCAAUUCCCGAAGAAAUUACUCAAAUGAUCGGAAGUGCAUUCAGAUAUAUAGGGGACGCACAUGAGUAUCUUGACCCGUGGCAAGGAAUUUCACUAGCAAAUUGUCCAAGACAACCUAAAAGCCAAGAAUGUAGUUUUUAUGUUUUGAAAUACAUGACUGGCAUCGUCGCACGUGCAAACCCCAACCGUUACAUACAAGAUCAAAAAGCUGUAAGUUUUAAUUAUUGAUUAUAGUAUUUAUUAUAAUAACAAAUAUAAAAUAUACAUAUAUAUCAACUAAUAUAAAUUUUUAAUUUUUUUAACAGUUUGGAGGUAAGGGGCAAGACGAUCUAAAAACUGAAUUGUUACCAUUACAGCGAAAGUGGAUAGAACGAUUGAUGGCGAUGAUUCAUGGUGACGAUUGAGGUUGAAAGGUCCAAGAAUUUUUCUUCCUUAUGUAAUUUUUUUAAAUUAACUUACAGUUAGAUUUAUUAACUUAUUAAUAUUUUGGACUAAUUUUACAUAAAUAUUUGUGUAAUAUUUAAUUAUUUUUAUGAAAUGAAAUUAUGUAUUUUAGCUAAUUUUAAAAUUAAUAUAAAUAAUAUUUAAUUUACCUUUUAAAAAAUAAAUAUGUAAUUUAAAUUAA